AUGGUGAACGGCGACCGGUUGAAUGAUGAAACUCUUGACCUCGCGAUCGACAUCGGAGUAGAUCCAGAGGAAUGGUGGAAAGUUGCGCGUAUAACAACUCCGACCCUGUGGGAGUUCUUCCGUGACUCCAUCAGAAAUCCAAAACUGAUCGUCAUGCUUGCUAUAAUGUAUGCUCGCUUCGAUGAUAUUAUAUGGAAAAUCAAAGCCAACACCAAAUGGUUGCUGAUAAACUACGAUACGAUGUCCGUGAACGAUCCGGAAGUACUCGCGCUGGCGUUGCCGGCCCUGACAGGCGUCGCCAGCGCUUCAGACCUGUCGCGACUCUUCUCCCUGGCCAUCGACGGCUCUUUGCUGAGCAAUCGUACUCUGAAGACGAUCAGCUCGCCGACGCUUGACAACUGGUAUCUGGAGAAGGUCACACUCUGGCCAAUCAGAAAAGGUCACGGGUUCUUUUAUGAGAAAAAUCCGCUGGUACCGGGUGCAUUCACGUUCGGACAUCCUGGCUACGGUGGUCAAUUUGUACAUGUGGAUCCUGCAAAUCAGAUGGUACUCACUUACGUAUCGAAUGGUUUGAAGACAGGCACCGGAGAAGUGUGUACCACGUAUAUGAGGUUGCUACAAUCCACUUACAAUGCACUCAAAGCUCAAUAG